AUGCACCCAGGGCCCUUCCAAGCGUCUCAUUCCGCGACCCCCGAUACCCAGUUUCCCGAGUGCCCACUCACUUCUACCCAACAUGGACUUCAGCAGCAGCAGCAUGAGAACGUCCCAUACUACCUCUCUCCGGAGAGUAGUAGGGAUGGAGUUCGCAAUGCCUCCCCUGAAAAAUCUCCUGAUGAGGUCUCACCACCGCUGUCAACACUCGACCCGCUUGAACGAGAACUGAGUCCUGUCCAGUCUCCGAAGUCCAUGUUUUCUGUGGAUUGCAACAGUGACCACGAAGGCGCGUUAACUCCUUCGCCAGGCAAAGUUAAAAAUUUUGGGUUCGGAAUCACAGCCUCAAGUAUCGAUGGGCUUUCUCGCCAACCUCUCGAGGAGCUUCCCAAUGAGGUUUUGACACAUAUCUUGUCUCACCUUCCGCCUUCGUCGCUAUCGUUAAUUAGUCUUGUUAGUCGCCGAUUUUAUAACCUUGUGACUACUCCUCAUGCUUGGAGAAUCGCAUUCUCCCGCCAUUUCCAUGGACCGGCAAGUCUGAGGCAUGAUAUCCACACGGAAGACUACGAACUUAUCCUGGCGCAAAGGCGCACAUUUUCCAGAUUGACAGCACUGACAUCUUGGCGAAAUGAAUACAUUUUGCGAACCAGAUUGCUCCGGGCUCUCUCUCGAGGCAGGCCAGCAGAAUUCAACCCCGCUCUGUUCCACGGCUCCGUCAUCAGACAUCCUUCUGCGCAUACUGCGAGCGCUGUAUUCACGUACAACUCAAUGUGCGUUUACCCUAUUACCCAUAUGGACGGGACGUUCGGGUCGCCAUUGAACAACAAGCCCCCUCUGUUUAUCCAUGGGGCUGCCGAACAGGGAGUUGCUUCGAUGAGUGAUCCCAAUUCCAGAAAAACUGGCACUGGUUCCUGGGGUUUAUCUUUUCCCCAGAUGUUCAAACAUUUUUCAGAUAUCUUUCCUGGCGAGGCUGAGUGGGGCCUAGGUCCAGGCAAUAUGGUAGGCAUGUCCAAUGUUAUGGAUGUGAGCCAACUCUACGGCAUGGUUUAUGGAGAAGCUUGUCCUCAAGGGAGAGCCUAUUAUUUAUCUUCAAGUGAAAAGCGUGGUCGCUUUUUGUCUGGAGCGGGUACCACGUCUCAGCCUCAUCUUGGUAUUCCCGGCGUAAGCGCAAUUGGAACUGCAAUCAGUUCUGUCUGGAUAGCCAAAUCUCCUCAGAUCCUCGAAAUGACUAAUGGUCUAUGUGGCAUUCUCUGUGGCUCGUCAUUGGGCAUUCUUACCGCAUACGCAUUGGGACCUAAACCUUCAUACGAUCAACGUUUUGAACCUGGUCAGGUAACCGCCAAUUGGGCCCUAUGUCCAGGAAUUCCUAUAAUUGCGAUUAAAGUUGAUGAAAAUUACUCUGCUAAGCGUCGUUCUCACCGACGCAUUUGGGCUAUUGUCUUGAACGCGCUUGGAGAAGUGUUCUACCUAACGGAUAUUCCUCAUCAACCCAUUUUGACGCCCAAACAUAGCGUUCAGGGACUCAACCGGAUUGCUUGGGAGACCGGGAGAACUGUGCGCUGGGAACUAAUAGAAGCGACCCGGCGAAUUGCUCGGCCUGACCCAUUUAAUAGGCUCUUGGUGGAUGGAAGCUACAGCCCAAGAUCUUCCUCUAACUCCAUGAGCCUUACCACAGACCAGAUUUUUGCAGAAACAAUAGAGAUAGAGAAAUUCCUUACCUUUAAGCCAAAACAUUUUAGGAAUGUUUGUGACGGUUGGGAUAUGAGACGAAAGCUGGAGGUUGAUUUCGCUGGUUACAAUCACCAUAAUUCGGGGGAGUCUGUUAUCGUCAUUAAUUGCGGUUUUGGAGAACACCAGACAAGUUCGAUUCGAAGAUUCACGCGACUGAAAGUUCAUGUUUCCAUUCCUAUGACUUCUGACAUCUACCCUUCGAUAUCAGCACCUACAAGCCAGUCGAUUUUUGGCCGGCCCCUUGGCUCAUGUUCAGCAUUGUCGUCCACUCCGCCGUCGCGAAAUUCCGAGCGACAAGCAGAAAUGGAUUCUUCUGUUGCUAUUGAAUGGCGAAUAUCUGAUUUUGUUUUCGAAGAGCAAAAACCACCUCGAAUCUCUGCCAGUGCCUUAGAUACAUCGACGUUUGCUCAGUUGACUACGUCAGAAGACCCAUUAAUUAGCAUGAAUGGAGGCUCUGCUACAUCAUCUCAAUUGUCUUCUCCCUUAUCUUCGAUGAGCCAACAAAUAUUGACUCCUGCUGAUAUUCCGGGACAGCGAGCUUCUUACAUGGCAGUUGGGACCACCGCAGGUUCAGUUUAUGUUUGGGAUAUAAGAGCACCCGUUUCCCAGACGCCGGAUAUUAUAAACAAAAUAUCACCACUUCGAAUUAUUUCUACAGAUUCCCCACAGGUGUCCUGUGUCGCGUUGACGUCUCUCUACCUUGUACAUGGCGGGAGUGAUGGACUAGUUCAGGCGUGGGAUCCGCUCGCAUCGUCUAUGCAGCCCAUUCGGACACUUCACUCUCGCUUUUCAUCGAGAGCUCGCCGUCGUCUUGUCCAAGCCGAGGCAUCCGCCGUGGGGGUUGGUCAGAAUUAUUUCGCCGCUGGGGCUAUUUGCCUAGACCCCGAUCCAACAGUUCUCAGAGGCAUCGUGUCCCUUGGCAGCCAUCUUCGGUACUGGUCGUAUAGCUCAUCUUCAGCUGAUCAAUACAAAAGCAACAAGCGUCGACUACGUCGUUCCCACCGAGGAAAUAACAGCUCUCCUAUUACCCAGCGGUUCACCAGUAGUGGUCGAGGAGCGUUGCAAGACUACAUUGCAAACGAAAGAUACGAGCUGGAGCGACAAGAGAAAGCUGAUCAAAGGAAAAGAGAAUUUCUCAGUGGCCGUUUCGGAGUAGAUCUUCUUGGAUCCGAUGCUAGCGAAGAGGAACUUCUUGCCUACGCGCAAAUGUUAAGCGAGGAAUCGUAUACAAGCGACGAACGCAAAAGGAGUGAAAGUGACAGUAGCAUUGGAGAUAGUUCUUCAGGUGAAACUAUUUCCCCUAAUAGGAAUGCGAUGCUCCGCCCGUCAGUAUUCACACAAACACCCGCCAGCCUUGCAACCUCCUCGUCCUCCGUUCUCGACACCGUCGCUGAAGAGCAGGAUCCUGACAUCGCGGAAGCCAUCCGCCUCAGCCUUCUUGACCAGGCGUCUUCCCCAUCGGCAUCCGGCUUUCCGUUCAAAUUGGAAGAUGUGUCCGGAGGGAACAUGACAAAGGAUGCAGAGUGCAAUGUGGAACAGGAAGCUGAAGAGCUGAAUUUGCGCUGCAUCUUAGUCUGGUGGAAGAAGCGAGUCGGAGAGCAGACGAUAGCGAACCUUCUAUUAGGAGCGUGGGGGAUGAGGAUGACUUCCCCAUGUUCGGCGGAGGAUCAUCGCCUAGUUUUGAGAAGGGGAAGGGGAAGGGGAAAGCGCGGGCAUAACCCAACUAGAGCGUAGUUAGAUUUGUGCUUCUUUCUGGCCAAGAUUUUCGUUUCUUCCUAGUUAUGUGCUGUGUUUGGCUUUGUGUUUCGUUAUGUAUUGUCUGUCUUAGCUGUGUACCUCAUUUAUUUAUUCUUCGAUUACUCGAGAUCAGCUAAUUUCAAAUUUUUUCGGCUCUCCAAUUCGAUAUCGCAGAGAGCUCCACGCUGGUUUUU